AACCUCCAUGAACACCAUCAAACACAACAACAACCGCGACAACAACGACAACACGAUGACUACCUCUUCCAUCAAGAUCAACUUCCAGGGCGCUUCACGCGACGUGAACGUUCCAGCUCCGGUUACGCUCGCCAGCCUCCAAGCGGUCAUCGCCGCCGCCUUCGAUGCUGAGCUGCCUGUCCGCUCCCCCGGUGGCGAGGCCGCCAAGGACACCGACCUGUCCUUCACGUACAAGGAUCCUGAUGGGGACGACAUCGUGUUCGACAAGGAUUCCGAGCUGAAGCUGGCCAUGCGCCUGUGCCCGGGCUCGCUCGAGAUCUCGGCUGCCGGCAAGGAAAAAAAGGCUGCUGAGAUGCCGGACUCCGAAGCGAGGCUGUACAAGAUCGCCGCCCGUAACCUGCGCGAGUACAACGGCGUGCCCUCGAUGACCCCGCCCAAGCUCGUCAAGACCCUGGCUUUCCUCAAGCUGAACCCGCAACGCCUCGUCAAGCAGGGCCUCGCUCCCAAGAAUCUUCUGCCGCGCAUGAAGGCCGAAGCCGCCAACAACGCCAAGGUAUCGAAGGUUCCUCUUGGUGACGGCAAGAACAACGAGGAUCUCGCCGAGUCGGUCGCCGCCGGCAUGGAACUGAUGAGCUUGGAGGACGACAAGAAGGAGUGGAACGACGGCUUCGUCUCCGUAGAGCCCGCAGAUACUUCCUCCCCCGACAACGACAAUGAGGAGAAGAACGACGCCGUUGCGCCUGAGGUCAAGAAGAACCUCAUCCACAAGGCCUUCAUCGCAGGCGGCAUUCAGCUCCGCCCCCGCGAGGUCCGACCCCUGCUCGUCGCCCUGGACGUCCGCCCCUGCCGGCUGGCCAAGCUCGGCCUCGUCGACGGCAAGGAUCUCCGCGCCAUGCUCCAAGCCGAGAAGAAGACCGCCCACAAGCGCCACGGCCCGGGCCACGGUGGUCCCCGUGGCCCCACCGGCGGCUUCGCCCGUGGUCCCGUCGGCCUCAUCAUGCGCGUCUGCGGUGGUCGCCCAGGUCCCGGUGCCGGUGGUCGUGCCGGUCCCGGUGCCGUUCCCGGUGCCGGUCCUGGUGCCGGUCCUGGUGGUUGUGCCCCUGAGGCGCGAGGCAACGUGGUUCAACUCGGGAGGGGCAAGAUGAGGGCCGUGGGCUGCGGCAAGCCCCGCGUAGGGAUGAUGAUGCCCCGCCGCUGCCACCCCGACGCCGGCAUGCCCCCCCCUCCCCCAGCUCACAUGGAGCACGCGCGUGCGCCCGGUGGCGGCGGUGGUGUUCACCACCAGCAGCACGGGCGUCACCGCUAGGGGGCGAAGAUCUUCGUCACCAUCAAGCCGAAGGGGGAGGAGCCUAGCCGUCAACUACCGUUCUGCCCUUGUGUCGCGUUCGUGGCGCAAUAUUGAAGAACGGCAUGAGAGUAGUUGAGUUGGUGUAGCCUUGUCUUUCGGUACUAUUUGCAAUUGGGCAGAAGCCUCCCUCGGAAACACUGAUACGAGGGGUGGAGAACGGAACGUUUUAGUAGACGAGAACCGUCUCACCGUUUGGCUUCUGCACUCAUGCAGCACUACGAUAGGCGACAACGCUCGCUCGAUUCGCCCCUUCGGGAGGAUUUUGUUGUUGGUGUUUUGACGUUGGUUCGUAGGUUUGUAUUUGUUUCGCGUGCUCCUUGUUGAGAAGAUUUCGCAUGUGGUAAAGACGGUGAGUAGUGGAAAUCAAAGAAGCUGAUCGCGGAAGCAUGAAAGCUUUCGCUUUCGAAUAUGACGUGAGGUGCUACAACGAGUGCAGCGCGCGGAGCUGAGUCAGCGCUAGUUGCUUGCUAUGUUCAGGCGUUGCUAGCCGGACGCCGUAGCAAUGAAUCAGGGUUUGUAUCGUUUGAGCUCGAACGUCUUGCCAAACAGAGCAGUGAUGUUUAAUUUUCCACGGGCACAUGUCGCGCAGCGGUGUGCCUCUAGCUUGUAUUGUGUGUUUGCUGUCCGUAAGCCAUGUUAAUUGAGAGGUAUGUCUAAGGCCUCCAGCGCAAUCGCAAAAGAGCGGGGGCUACUAUUUUGAGUUUAGCAGUCAAGGGUGACAAUGGUGUGUCCUGCCGUGGGCUGUUGUAUGAUGAGUAUUUGCGUUCCCAACCGAGCUU